CUGUUUCUCUCAGUAAUCUGGUCAGGGUUCAGUCUGGUAGUCUGGACAGAGAUUGGUCAGGUUGAUGGGAGUGUGCAUGGAUGUUGGUGGGGGUCGGUGUUAGGAGUGAGCCUCUGGUAUCUCAGUUUGAAGUGAGUGAGGGGUUAGACCCCGCUAAUCCCUGUUAACAGAUUAAUUAUCUUUGGGCAAUAUCGUGUUGCUGCCGUGUUGUGAAGUCGCUUGGGCGUUAAGAUACGAAGGGCUACAAUGCAACGAUAAAGAGUCCCUUAGGGGUGUCUCCUCAAUCUUAAUCCCCCUCUCUCUCUCUCUCUCUCUCUCUCUCGCGCUCUCUCUUUCUCUCCCUCUCUCUUUCACUCACUCGCUCUCGCUGAGAGCUCCUCUCUCAUCCAUCAACCCAAGCACCUCUCCACUGGCACCAGACAACCAUUCAAUUAUUGGCAUUUUAAUAUUUUAAUAAUUGCAAGAAUUAUUGGCUUAUUUUUUCCCCUUCUUUUUUUCAUUUUGACAUAUUUUUGGCAUGUCUCCAAGCCAUUUUUUCAGGAUGAUGUUUUUUCAAGAGCAUCAAGCGUUGAUGGCUGGCAGUAUACCUCUUUGAGUGGGUAAAUAUUUCACGGACACCGGCGAAGAGAAGAGACAGAAGGAGAGAGAAACCUCCCAACACAACUGACAGAGGAGGGGUGGAGUGGACCAGUGGCAGUAGAAAAUGGCUGCCAUGACAACGGUUCCCAGCUAUACCCCUUCGCUGUGGGUGAGAGUGUGUCACGCCCUCCCUCGGCUGGACCUCACCAUGCAGAUGAGGGACAACAUCUUUGUCCCUGACAGCUGGGAGUAUCAGCAGACUCUGCUGGUUCUGUCCAGUUUAUCAGCCAUUGCUCUUGUUAUCUCCCUCUUGGUGGUUCUCUCCUUCCUCAUACACUACUGCUGCUGCCACCGCGGCGACCGGAGCGAGGGAUCAGAUGAGGAGGAGGAGGAUGAAGAUGGCAGCACAGGUCACGGUUACAGUGGGAAGAAGGGGAGGGGCAUCUGCUGUGUCACAUGGGUGGCCGUGGCGGCUGUCACGCUGUGCUGUGUUGCCAUAGGCAUCGGUUUCUAUGGCAACAGCGAGGCUAAUGAUGGGAUGUAUCAGUUGACCUCGUCUCUUCUCACAGCCAAUUAUACGCUAGCUUCCAUCGAUCUGCUGAUUUCAGACACAAUUGCUGGGUUGCAGCUGUCCAUCUCUGGCCCACUGACCACAAUGGAGGAGCUCUUUACUGGCAGUAAACCCUUCCUGGUGUCCACGCGGAACUGCCGGAGGUUAUCUGAGAACGUGAUGAACCUCCUCUCCUCCAUCUCCCUGGCUCGGUCCAGUAUUGACGCGGGGCUGGGGAAUGACAGCAGUAUCAGCGGGGCGUCCAUCAUACCUCUAACCCCAGUACCGCCGUCUGUGGCUCCUACAGUGGUGCCCACCAGCAGCCUAAUUCCCAGCCCCUUCUCACCUGGCUGGGCAGCCAACACGCUGAUGGUCAAUGAGGACUACAGGUGGCUAUCAUACGUGUUGCUGCUGCUGCUUGACCUCAUAGUGUGUCUGUUCAUCCUGCUUGGACUGGCCAAGCAAGCCCGCUGGCUGCUCAUCCUGAUGACCGUGCUGGCAUGGCUGGCUCUGUUCCUGAGCUGGGGCUCCCUGGGCUUGGAGACGGCCACUGUAGUGGCUCUCAGUGACUUCUGCUCAGACCCAAACACAUUUGUCCUCAACUCCACCAACUUCAACACUGGGACCAGCUCAGAUGUGUUGGAUUAUUACCUGACCUGCAGCAGGCGCAUGAACAGUCCGUUCCAGCAGCUGCUGACCCAGUCGCAGAGGGCUCUGUCAAACAUUCACACACACCUCUCCAGUCUGGACAGAAACGCUCUCCCACAGUUCCCCAAAGCGGAGAAAUCACUCAGGGAGGUUCAACAGAUACUCAACUCCACGGAGGGCAACUUCCAUCAGUUGGUGGCGCUACUGAACUGCCGGGGUCUGAAUAAGGACUACAUUGACUCACUGAAAGGCUUGUGCUAUGACGGCAUGGAGGGAUUGCUCUACCUCUCCCUGUACUCUUUCCUCUCUGCGCUGGCAUUCACUGCUAUUCUCUGCUCUCUGCCCGGUGCUUGGAGGAGCUUCCCCAGUGAAUCAGAGGAGUACGAAGACUCGGACAGCGAGAGUGAGGACCCCUUCACCUCCCAUCAGGACUCCAAACGUUUCCUCCAAUGGCAACCCUGGCUAUGAGAGCCUACCCCUGACUGACAGGCAGUCCCCACCCCCCUCUUACUCUCCCAGCAUGCUGACUGGUUACGGGGGAAGUCAAUCACACCCCAACCCCGCCCAUUCGAGGAACCUGUAUUCACGUUGAUUUUUUUUUUUUUUGUUAGGAAAUGUAUAGAAAAAAAAAUGUUUAGUUUUCAUAUGAAUGGACACUUUACUGAAAUGAAAAAGAAACUAAUCUAAAUAAAACGAAUGCUAGGUGUGAAUUCAAAGUGCGUAACGUCAGUACCACUGAAUAUUAUUAUUAUUAUUGUGAAAAGCACUUAAAAGAAACAGUCUAAACGGACUGUUGAUAUAACCGACAGUGAUAAUACUGGUAGGGAUGGUUGUGCAAAGCUACGAACCAAGUCCACUCGGUCUAAAUUCUUUCCCCUUGUCUGUCUGAACUCUGUGUAAACUGUGAACAGUGGUGAGGCAAGUCAGAAUGGUAUUGACGUUACUACGUUGUAGUUUUAUAUUCUUAAAUGUAUCAGUACCACCAAUUUAUUUUCAAGUUUUUAUAUAAAUAUUGUUGUAGAAAAGCACUGGCACGUAGCAACAAGACACAUUUUUUUCUGUGAAUGGUUAUGCAGUUCCCUCACAUGGUCUAAUUUUUUUUAUUACUUUUUAUAGGUGGCAAUUCUGUAUUUUCCUUGUAUUACCUUAUGGUAUUCUGUAUAUCUCACUGUCUAUAAUAUCUGAAUAAUCAUGAACCUUUGCUCUUAAAAAAAAAAAUAUUUGAGGGCUACCAAGACCCUGAUUGAACUGAGAACUACAACUGCCACUCAUGUCUAGAGAGUGGAGAACUACAAAUCCCGUGCAAUGACAGCAGGUACAUAGCAAUAUGAAUCUUGCUACUGGUGCUGCAGUAGCCCUACCGUAACUAGCAAUAAUAACUAUGUAUAGCAUUGGGUUUCUGAGAUCUCUCCAAGAUGUUUUGUGUAUAUAUGGUAUGGUAUGUUGGAGAUUUCAUUGAAUCCCCCUUCCUUUCCAACUGACCUUGUUAACCCUUGAAUUGAGUUUGUAUGGUUAUCAAUGCUCCUUUUGAAUGGCAUCCUUUUACACUCAAGAGUCUAAUAUAAAUAAAAAUAACUUCAAUUACC